UAUCGAGUCGCGUCUUUUAUACUAAAACUUACCACUCCAUGUCAAUGGCUAAUUCUUACAGUGGCUCCCCUUCAUCUCCGUAUAACGAAGAAACGACAGGCAUGUGAGGAAAAUUUUGAAGAAUCAAAGCAAGAGAAAGCAGCUAUUGAAGAAAAAAUUAUAAACGAAGAAUACAAGAUCUGGAAGAAAAACUCUCCAUUUCUAUAUGAUUUGGUUAUUACUCACGCGCUUGUAUGGCCAACUUUAACGUGUCAAUGGUUUAAAGAUAUUGAUAGACCUGAAGGAAAGGAUUAUACUGUUCAACGUAUAUUAAUCGGAACUCAUACAUCAGAUAAUGACCAAAAUUAUGUUGAAAUUGCAAGUAUUCAACUUCCAAAGAACGAUGUCAACAUAGAUCCUCGUAAAUAUGAUGAAGAGAAAGGAGAAGUAGGAGGUUUUGGCGGUACUACUGAAACUAGAAUUAAAGUUAUUCAAAAAAUUAAUCACGAUGGAGAAGUUAAUCGAGCACGUUACAUGCCACAGAAUCAAGAUAUAAUUGCUACCAAGACUGUUGAAGGAGAUGUUUACAUAUUUGAUCGUACAAAGCAUCCAUUAAUACCUACUGAUGGUAUUUGUCAACCUGAAUUAAAGUUGAGAGGUCACACUAAGGAAGGAUACGGUUUAUCAUGGAGUCCAUUUAAAGAUGGUCAUAUAUUAGAUGCUUCAGAAGAUGCCACUAUUUGCCAUUGGGAUAUUACUGGGUAUACUAAGGAUACACGAACAAUGGAUCCAUUUCGAGUUUAUCGAGGACAUGAAGCGUUUGUUGAAGAUGUAGCAUGGCACACUCUUGAAGAGCAUGUAUUUGCUUCAGUAGGCGAUGAUCAAAAACUUUUAAUCUGGGAUACACGAGAAGAUAAAGCAGAUAAACCUGCACAUUCUGUUGUUGCCCAUCCAAGUGAAGUGAAUACAGUUGCAUGGAAUCCUAUAAACGAACAUAUCUUAAUUACUGGUUCCGGCGACAAGACUCUUAAUUUGUGGGAUCUUCGCAAUCUCAAAAUUAAACUUCACACAUUAAUUCAUCAUCAAGGUGAAGUCUUACAAGUUGAGUGGUCUCCUCAUGAUGAAACCAUUUUGGCAUCUGCUGGAGGUGAUAGAAGGGUCAACAUAUGGGAUCUAAGUCGGAUAGGUUCGGAACAGACUGCUGAAGAUGCAGAUGAAGGUCCACCCGAGUUAUUGAUUUCUGACUUCAGUUGGAAUCCUCAUAUACCAUGGGUGAUCUCUAGCACUGCAGAAGAUAAUAUUAUUCAAGUUUGGCAGCCAGCAGCAAACAUUUAUUCUAUUGAUGAUAGAGAAAUUCCUCCAGAAGAAUUGGAAGAUUAA